GGGAGGACUGGCGAGGGGAGGGGAGGGGAAGGGGAAAAGGUUGCAGCAGCUGUAUCAGGAAGACGAACAUGGAGGGCAUGCCUACGUCGAGAUUGACCCCUCAUCGCGUGUCCUUGUGUAUAUUGGUACAGCUGUAUGUCCGGCCACGUCAGUUGUCGUACGCGUAUCUGCCCUCUGGUGUUAGACAACAGUUAGCUCUCUUCUUGUUGCAUGACCUCAAGGGAUGUGAGAGAUUCUCAGAGCCAUCACUGGAGGAGCUGCGCGAUCGACUUCAGCAGGAAAUUCCUGGGGGAGGAGAGGCCUUGUCCCAGCAAUUGCUAAGCCGUCUUUUCUCGUUCAACUGCCCUGACGAUCUGUUCACCUUCUUUUUGGGUGGUCAGGGGGGGGUCAGAGAUCUUCUUGCGCCUGUGAGCCCUACUGCCAGCCCCGAGGCAGACAAUGAGCGACUUCAUGUUGAUUUGACAAGCACUCUUGGACAGUUCCUGCGCCGGUCUCUUCUUGAUUUCAAUGCACUCUCAUUUGAGGGAGCCUGCCGUCUCUUGAACGAUAUUGAAGCAUAUCGACACGCGGUAGCAGAAGAGAGGGGUAAAGUGCUCCAGCCAAGUACUGGAUUAGCCCGCAAGGGUAUCGGCGAUAUUGAGUUCGAAGACUUCGAAGAGGGGGACGAGGGAGAGGACGAUGAAUAUGAUGAUGUCCUUGGUGACGAAAAUGAAGAUGAUCCCGAUGGGAUUGGUGAUGGCGACGAAGUGGAAGAUGGAGUCGAGGACGUUGACCCUUGGGAGGAUGAUGACACAGAAGACGAGUUUGGUUUUCGCAGAGAGAGCGCUCCUUUCAUGGAUGAAGGACGUCCGAUCGGCAGAGGAUAUGGUCUCUCACAUCUUGCGAUUGGAGCUGCCCGGAACAGAUGGCGAGCAGGGGGCGCAGGUAGAAGCGAGAGGUCAGGGAAUAUAGCGGCGAAAGCCGGAUUGCGGAAAGGAGGAAGUAGCUGGGCAGGGAGUGAAGGAGGUGGUAGUCGCCGGGCCAGUGGGAAGCCUCCUGUCAUGGAUGGCGGGUUUUCCUUUGCCUUUGGCAAGGGUAUGGGUGGUGGCUAUGGUGAGGCAGAAAGCCCAAGGAAAGUCUCUGUGUUCCCCCGCACACUCGCUCAACUGGACUCGUACUUGCGCGAGAAGGCAGUCUCUAUUGAGAGGGAGAUUGGGCGAGUGCCUAUGACGGCACUGGACGAGCAACUGGAUGAGCUGGAGCGAUUGUCUCCUGAAAUGCCAAAGAUUCAUUACUUGCGAUAUCUAAAUUGCCUUCAUCAUGGAGACUACCCCGGCGCCAUGGACAGUUUGCAUCGCUACUUCGACUAUAGAGUAGAUACCCGGGGUGGUGCCUCCACCAAGCCAUACACGAAGGAGGAGGAGGCGAAGAUGGCCGCCAUUCUGCAGGAGAGGCAGGCGAAGAAGGAGGCCAAAAAGAAGGCCUUGAAGGAGGAGCAGGCGACCAAAUUGAAGAAGAUAGAAGAAGAGAUGGCCAAAGAGAGCGAGAGAAUACAGAAAGAAGAAGAAGAGAAGUUGAAAGAGGUGGAAGAGGAGGAAGAAGAUGAAACGCCACUGCAGAGGAAGAGGGGGCAGUACAGUGGUAGUAGGGACGAGGAGAUGGAAAAGCGGAUCUCAGAAUCUUUGGAAGCAGAGAAAGAUGUUGUAAAACGACAGGCAAUGGAAGAUGAAAAGAGGAUGGAAUGGAAGUCGGCCGUGAUGAGGGAGAAGAAGAGGAGAGUGGACGCGGCAGCGGAGGCGGCAGAAGAAUUAGAGGAGGUCAAAAAUAUAGAAGAGCAACUAGCCGCCCAGACCGAACUCCCAGCUCAAAUGCGAGUCAUAGCCCGCAAUGUUGCACGUCUGGCACGAAUUCAGGCAGAGCAAUAUGAAUUUAGUAGGAGUCAGCAUAUAGCUGUACGUUCCAUAAAGUUGGGGUUCCGGGACUUUGCUCGAGAGUUGGUAGGCGCUAUAGGCACGGAGGUGGGCCACCGCCUCGACAAGACUGUGCGGUUUUGUGUUGGCGCCAUUGAAGGCGUCAAAGCGGCAGCUCCCAAGGAGGAGGAAGCACGUCCUCCUCGUCGGGAACCGGUCAAAGUCAAAUUCCCUGAUUCCUACAGUGGAAAACGGGAGGAGAACUUUGACAACUGGGAGGCCAAUGUCAAGACCUAUGUGCAUCUGCAACAGGUCUCCCCGAAUCAGCAGGUUUUAAUCGCGAUCCACGCGCUUAGGGAUGAGGCCGCCAGCUUUGCAAGGUCCCUAGUUCGCGCUGCCAAUUGUAGUGACGAUCCAGUUGCGUACUCCUCGUUCACUUCCCUGACUGAGUUCUUGAAAUUGCUGCGCGAGAGGUUCGCUGAUGUCGCCCGUAGCGUUAAAGCCUCAAAUAGGCUGCAGACGAUCCACGCCCGCAAGUGGAAGAGCGCCAGGGCACUUAAGAGUACAAUGGACGAACUGAUAGCUGUCCCUGACCAUGGGGUUACAGACACCCAGUUGGUCGGCCUCUUUUAUCGCGCCAUACCCGAAGCCCUUCGAGGGCAUUUCUUCGCAAAGAGCGAAGACCCUGCCACUACGUACGAUUCUCUUAGUCGUGAGGUGGUGGCUUUUGAAGCCAAGUCUGCGUCUGUGUCCACCUUUUGGCACAAAGACUUGGAUAAGGGAAAGCAAUGGAAGGGCCGCACUAUCUCUGGGCAAGUGAAGACUAAGGAUAGCCUUGUCCUAACUCUAGACGAGGGUAGUGUGGACGAGAUCCCCUACGAUCAGAUUGAGUGGGGGUUAGAGGAGGAUGACAGCGGUGUGGGCCAGGGGAGGACUUGCGCUGCUGUCGCGGCUGGAGGGAGGCCGCAAGGAGGACGAGGCCAGGGCCAAGGGGGCCGGGCCUCAGGGAGCCGGUUCCAGGGCGAUCAGGGGGUUGGCGGUAGAGGAGGAAACCGCCAACGCUGCAUGAACGAUUUGUUUAGGCAGUGGUUAGACAAAUUUAUUGUAGUUUACUUAAAUGACAUCUUAGUGUUUAGCCGGACCCUCGAAGAGCAUCAGGGUCAUCUCAGGCAGGUCUUGGAGAAGCUGAGGGAAGCUAACUUCAAGAUCAAUGCAAAGAAGUGCGAUUGGGCGAAGACCCAAGUUUUGUACCUAGGCCACGUCUUAGACGGAGACGGCGUUAAGCCAGAGGAUAGCAAGACCGCAGCGAUUAGAGAUUGGCCCACGCCACGUACGCUGACCGAGUUGCGCUCGUUCCUGGGCUUAGCAAAUUACUACAGGAAGUUCGUGAGGAACUUCUCCACCAUCGCUGCGCCCCUUCGCAGAUUGCUGAGAAAGGAGACAAUCUGGAAGUGGGGCAAGGACUGCACRUCUGCCAUGAAGAAGCUAAAGCAGGCAUUGAUAGAGUAUCCAGUCCUUAAAGUCGCCGAUCCGUCCUUGCCUUUUGUCGUCACGACCGAUGCGAGUCAAUACGGCAUAGGCGCAGCGCUGCAGCAAGACGAUGGCAAUGGGUAUAGACCCGUAGAGUUCAUGUCUGCCAGAAUGCCUUCAGAGAAGGUCGCGACAUCGACCUAUGAGAGGGAACUCUACGCUCUCAUGCAAGCCUUAGACCACUGGAAGCACUACUUGCUUGGGAGGCACUUCGAAGUCUAUUCUGACCAUGAAACGUUACGAUGGUUAAAGACGCAGGCCAAGAUGACACCUAAGCUUACUAGGUGGGCCGCGGAGAUAGAUCAGUACGACUUCGAGCUCAAGCCUGUCAAAGGGAAUGCAGGGCAGGGAGGUUCGAUCCUUGCUGCAGCGGGCGGUGGGGUAGGGGGCGGGCCUGGGGGUGCUAUUGGAGGUGCUGCGGGUGGCGGCCCUGGGGGUGGACAAGGUCCAGGAGGAGGUCCUCUAAGCAUCAAUGAUACCAGUGUGGGGCGGUUUCAAGCAGCUCUCCUCAGCUUGGGCUCCAUGCAUGUGCAGUUUGGGCACGUCAGAGAAGCGCUGCAGGCUCUCAAUGAGACGGUUCGAAUUGCACAGCAGAACAAUGAUGAUGUCUGCUUGGCACAUGCACUCGGAUCGCUCUGCCAUCUGCUGUCGAAUGCAGUCGGGCUCCCGGAUGUCAGUGGGGCAGUCGGAGGAGGAGGACGAGGCAUUGAGUCGUCACCUCGUAUGCAGAUUCAAGAACAACAGCAACAAGAGCUACUGGUUUUCCAACUGCUGAAGCAAUGUCUGCGCCGUGCUCAAGAGCUUCGACUACCGCAUUUGGUGGCAUUUAGUCGCCUCGCACUGGCAAAAUUUCACAUGACUCAUGUUCAUCGACUUCCUCCGAUCGGAUCUCAGAGGCCUGCUGCGUCAGGAGGACUUGGAAGCUAUCCAAUUGAUGUGUGCAAGUAUCUUCGGCUAAGUGCGCUGCACUAUGAUGUCCUUGGUGUGUCAGCCCUUAUGCCGGCUCCAGCUGGUCCUGGGGUAGGUCUAAGGGGACUGCACAUGCCAGGAGGGGACAUGUAUGGGCGGCCUCCUCCAAUUGGUCCAAUGAAUGUACCAGGUGCUCCUGGAGGAGUUUCCACUUCGGCUGCAGCAUCUGCCAUGGCAGCUGCCGCAGCCGCCGCAGCUGGCUCUGGAGGAAGAUUGGGCCCAGUGGCCGGGUCUGUUGCGAAGCUGGCUGGGACAGCACAUCUGUUGCGAGCUGCUUCAUGGGAGAUUUACGGAAGUGCUUCGUCAGCUCGGGCUAGUGCUCUGAUCCAUGCAUACUGUUAUGGUGAUGUGGCAAGCGCAGAUGAUUCAUGCUUAGCAUAUGUCAAGUUAGCUUCGCAGCUCGCAGCUCACAAAGGUUUUGCAGUGGCAAUGGCCUCAAUCAGAGUGGCAAUGAGACGGUUUCCGCUCCCUGCAAAUCGGCGUCUGAGAGUUAUGCAGCUCUCAUUGAUUCAUGACCAGGCACUGAAUCGGGGAGAGAUGAAGCUUGCGGAAGUGGCAAGUGCUCAGCUGAACGCAGUAGCAUCACCAGUGGACGGUGUUGACAUGGAGUUGAAGAUCGAAGCAGGAAUUCGCCGAGCCCGUACUCUGCUUGCCACUGAGAGGAUUGAUCAGGCUGCUGAAGUUGCAUACGAGCUCUUCUCCCGGUGUUAUCAAACAGGCCUUCAGAUUGAAUGUCCCAAAGUGUUGCUGCUCUUCGCCGAAAUCUACAAGGCGGCAGGAAAUGCUGUUGUUGGUCUGUUCUACGCUCUCGCAUGCAUUUCACAGUGUCAGUCCUUCAACAUGGAUGUAGUUUGGGCAGCAGCGACUGUGGUGCUUGCGGAGUUAUGGCUGAUGCUUGGCGCAUCCCAUGCACCCCAGGCUCUCAGUCAUCUUUAUAAGGUGCUUCCUAUUGUUCUCGGCCAUGGCGGACUAGAGCUUUGCGGACGGACGCAUCUCUUGAUUUUCAAGUGUCAGUCACAUAUCCUCACGAAAGAUCGAGUGUCAUCGAGUCCUGAGAGUCUUCUAGGGCCACUUGCUUCGGCGGUGAAAGAAUUUGAAGCAGUAGAGGCAUAUUCACUUGCGGCAGAGGCGUAUUACUUUCAGGCAGUUGUUUUCAACGACCUGAACAAAAUGAGUGAGCGUGAUGAAGCGGCAAAGAAUUUCCAGCGGUGUGCCCUCACUUAUGCCCGGAACCGGCGCUCCUUGAUGGCAGUUUUACCUGAUUAAUUGACUGAUUUCAGUGAUUUGUAAAUGGAUUGACUCGCUGUUUAUCGAGUGGGUGAGUGUUAAAUUCUUAAAGCAAUUUGAUUGGUUCAUUAUUGACUGGCCAGCGCAUUCCUCAGCAUUUCUCCUUUUCAACUUUCUUUUUUUUUUUUUUUUUCCGUCACUUCUCUUUGUUAGCCUGUCUCUAUUUUGUUCGACUUUCUGUAAGCUUUAUCCUCUUUGACUUUCCCAGGUUUACUUAAGUUUUAGCACUCU